UUUAGUAUAGACUCUAGUCACUUGCUAGUGAAAACUUAUUCGAUACAGUUGUACAUUUAUAAUUUUGAAACUGUUUGAAAAGCAAAAAGUAAAACAAAUUUUUACACAAGAUGAAGAUGCUUAAUUUGCGCCAAUUGGCGCCAGAAUUCAAUUCGAUUGCUGCAGUUACUGGCGGUUUUCGGCCCUUAACUCUAACCGAAUUUCGUGGUCGUUAUGUGGUGUUGCUUUUCUAUCCGGCGGACUUUUCAUUUGUUUGCCCCACCGAACUGCAUGCGUUCAGCGAUCGGGCACAGGAGUUCCGGAAUGUUGGUUGCGACAUCAUUGCCUGUUCGACCGACAGUCAUUAUGUGCACUGCGCCUGGAUGCAACAGUCACGCAAACAUGGAGGCCUCGGGGAAAUGGAUAUACCACUGCUGGCCGACAAAUCCAUGAAGAUAUCGAAGGACUACGGCGUGCUGGAUGAGUUGACGGGCCUGGCCAUGAGGGGACUCUUCAUUAUCGAUCGUGAGGGAAUGGUACGCCAGAUUACAAUCAACGAUGUUGGCGUUGGUCGCAAUGUGGAUGAGGCUCUGCGUCUGGUCCAGGCGUUCCAGUUCAGCGAUGAGUUCGGUGAAGUGUGUCCAGUCAAUUGGAGGCCCGGCUCCCCGACCAUGAAACCGAAUACAAGCGGCAAGGAUGAAUACUUUAAAAAUGCUCAAUAAAUGAAAUCACAUUUCCCAUGGAGUGCAAGCAAUCAUAAA